UGACCUGACCCCUCCUGCCUGCCCCAGCCUGUCCUCUCUCAGACCAGCUGCUCUCCUGCCCCUGUGUGAGGCCGCCCCAUCAGGACAAUGGGACUGCCUUGGGAGCCCUGAUGUGGACCCCUAACUAGGGUCCAAGGGCUGCCCCAACAGCCAGAACCCCCAGACUGUCUCCUGAAGGGAAGGUGCUGGUCAGCCUGGAUGCUACCCGAAGGUGCAGCCUGCCACACCUCUGGAGAGGACCCCUGGGGCCAAGGGCUGUUUGUAAAGAAUACUGUCCCUGAGGCCCAGCCCACCUGCCACCUGGGAGGUGAUGCAAGCGAUCACAAGCAAGGAAGAGGGGCAGAGGCAGAAUCAGACUCCGCGCCGAGCAGGGAGCCCCACGCGGGACUGGACCCCCGGACCCGGGAUCUUGACCGGAGCUUCACCGACGGAGCCCCCGGAAGCCCCAGGCCCCAGGCUCUUGUUGAGGCUCCGGACAGAAUGUCUUCGGUGUGGUCAAGUGCAAGCGAGACCGAAGGAGAGAAGGGCCUCAGAGCCCUUCGGAGGAGCCGGGCACAGGCCCAGCUGCGAGCCCCUGGGGGCCGGCACGGUCACCCAGUCACCUGGCAGUGUCCCCGGACGCCAAGUCCAGGAGCCGAGGUCCCCCUGGUGCCCAGGGCCAUCCGGGGGCCGGGGGCCUUCUCUGCGGGCCUCGACCUUCAGGUCAGAGGCCAGCCCAAGGCCCGCAGCGGCUCCACUCUUGCGCAGUUGGCGCCCUGCCCCACUCCCCGCCGCCGCCGGAGCGAAAGGGAGAUGCGGGUCUCUGCUUCUCUGACAAAAGUGGGACCGAAAAGGAGGUUUCCAGGGCAGGGUUACGAGACAAGAAUCGGAGGGCGCACGGGCCAGGGGCACAGGCGGCGACCCCUGCCCAGUCCCAAGCCCUGGACCGCCGACCCCAGACCCCAAACGCAGCGGGCGGACGACGGGGACCCGGCUGGCUCCACGCGGCCCACCAGCGCCGCCUAGUGCCGGCGUGCGGAGAGGCCGCCGGGCGCGCCGCUUCCGGGCAGGAGCGGAGGGCCGGCCCGCGCGGG